CCUCCUGCUUCCGCGUGACGUCACGAGAUACCAGGAAGCCGCCGUUCGUCGCGCGCGCUCACUGAGAUCCGAGCUGACACUUCCUCUGACGCUUCCUCUGCAGAAUUGAUCUGAUGGAGCAGAGGCACUCAGCGCAGCUCGGUACAAGAAGGAAACAAUGCGACCAGUAUGCAAACAGCACGAAUCAUACUGGAAAUUUGACACAGCACCAGAGAACACACACAGGAGAGAAACCUUUCAAGUGCACUGUGUGUGAGGAGACAUUUUCACAGUUACCACAUCUAACAAUACACCAGAGAACACACAUUGGAGAUAAACCUUUCAGGUGCACUUCGUGCUCGAAAGCAUUUGCACGUUCAUCACAUCUUAAAAUACACCAGAGAACGCACACAGGAGAGAAACCCUUCAAGUGCAGUGUGUGCGGGAAGGCAUUUGCAAAGGCAUCAUAUCUUCAGGGCCACCAGAGAACACACACGGGAGAGAAACCCUUCAGGUGCCCUCUGUGCGGGAAGGCAUUUGCACAGUCAAGAGAUCUUCGGAGCCACCAGAGAACGCACACGGGAGAGAAACCCUUCAAAUGCAGUGUGUGUGAGAAGUCAUUUACAGAGUCAUCAUAUCUUAAAAAACACCACAGAACGCACACAGGAGAGAAACCCUUCAAGUGCACUGUGUGUGAGAAGGCAUUUGCACAGUCAUCAAUUCUUCAGAGCCACCAGAGAACACACACAGGAGAGAAACCCUACAAUUGCACUCUGUGCGGCAAGGCGUUUACAUGGCCAUCUGUUCUUCAGAGCCACCAGAGAACACACACAGGAGAGAAACCCUUCAAGUGUACUCUGUGCGGGAAGGCGUUUUCACAGUUAGCACAUCUUCAAAGACACCAGAGAACACACAGGCAUCAGACGAUCCCCAAGGAGUGUGGUCUGAAAUCGACUUGUGAAAGUCAAAGUACUGCAAUGAGCCCAUCCCUCCUGAAACAAGAACCAGAAGAAAAUCCCAGCUUGGACACUUCAAAAGGUAUCAAUGUGAAAUGUGAAGAGGCGAAUGUGAAAUAUGAAGAGACAACAGUGAAGAGCAAAGAAGUGAAG